GCCGCGCGCGCGCGCUGAGCGUCCGGGUCUCAUUAUGUGGCGCGUGCCCCACCGCCUGUGUCUGCACCUUGUGAGGGGAAGCAAGCUCUCGGACGCUUGGAACAGGCCUGCCGCCUUCAUGUCCACUCUGCUCAUCAAUCAGGCCCAGUACGCUUGGCUGAAGGAGCUGGGGCUCCGCGAGGAAAACGAGGGCGUGUAUAAUGGAAGCUGGGGAGGCCGGGGAGAGGUUAUCACGACUUAUUGUCCUGCUAACAAUGAACCAAUAGCGAGAGUUCGACAGGCCAGUGUGGCUGACUAUGAAGAAACCGUGAAGAAAGCCAGGGAAGCCUGGAGAAUCUGGGCAGAGGUUCCUGCUCCGAAGCGAGGAGAAGUGGUGAGACAGAUUGGGGAUGCCUUGCGGGAGAAGAUCCAAGUACUAGGAAGUUUGGUGUCUUUGGAGAUGGGGAAAAUCUUAGUGGAAGGUGUGGGAGAAGUUCAGGAGUACGUGGAUAUUUGUGAUUAUGCUGUUGGCUUGUCACGGAUGAUCGGGGGACCCAUCUUGCCUUCUGAAAGACCUGGCCAUGCGCUCAUUGAACAGUGGAAUCCUGUCGGCCUGGUGGGCAUCAUCACCGCCUUCAACUUCCCCGUGGCGGUGUAUGGCUGGAACAACGCCAUCGCAAUGAUCUGUGGGAAUGUCUGCCUUUGGAAAGGAGCUCCAACAACUUCCCUCAUUAGUGUAGCUGUCACAAAGAUUAUUGCUAAGGUUCUAGAGGACAGCAAGCUGCCUGGUGCCAUUUGUUCCUUGACCUGUGGCGGAGCGGAUAUAGGCAGUGCGAUGGCCAGAGACGAGCGGGUGGGCCUGCUCUCCUUCACCGGGAGCACACAGGUGGGGAAGCAGGUGGCCCUCAUGGUGCAGGAGCGGUUCGGGAGAAGCUUGUUAGAACUUGGAGGAAACAAUGCCAUCAUCGCUUUUGAGGAUGCGGACCUCAGCUUGGUUGUUCCAUCGGCUCUGUUUGCGGCGGUGGGGACGGCGGGCCAGAGGUGUACCACUGCACGGCGCCUGUUUUUACAUGAGAGCAUCCAUGAUGAAGUUGUAAAUAGACUUAAAAAGGCCUAUGCACAGAUCCGUGUGGGGAACCCUUGGGACUCUAAUGUUCUCUACGGGCCCCUCCACACCAAACAGGCAGUGAGCAUGUUUCUUGGAGCAGUGGAGGAAGCGAAGAAAGAAGGUGGCACUGUGGUCUAUGGUGGCAAGGUUAUGGAUCGCCCUGGAAAUUACGUUGAACCCACCAUUGUAACAGGUCUGGCCCACGAUGUGUCCAUUGUCCACACUGAGACAUUUGCUCCGAUUCUUUAUGUCUUUAAAUUCAAGAGUGAAGAAGAAGUCUUUGAAUGGAAUAAUGAAGUAAAACAGGGACUUUCCAGUAGCAUCUUUACCAAGGAUUUGGGCAGAAUCUUCCGCUGGCUUGGACCGAAAGGAUCUGACUGUGGCAUUGUAAACGUCAAUAUCCCAACGAGUGGAGCAGAGAUUGGAGGUGCAUUUGGAGGGGAGAAGCACACCGGCGGCGGCCGCGAGUCUGGUAGCGAUGCCUGGAAACAGUACAUGAGAAGAUCCACUUGCACCAUCAACUACAGUAAGGAUCUUCCUCUGGCUCAAGGAAUCAAGUUUCAGUAAAGGUGAUAGUAAAUUGGCGCUACUUCACAACUUACAGGCAUUCACACAACAAUUUCUUCUGAAGAAGACAAAAUUGAGAUUUGCCCUGAAUAAAUAAAUUCAUUAUUUUGAAUAUGACACUGGCUAAUCUCUUAGCCCUGAGGCCCCAACUAAAUCAAGAGACUUAUUUAAAAAAAAUAAAUAAAUAAAGGUGUUACAACAUAGCCAUAUUUA